GGCUCGGGGUCUCGGUCCACCCCAGAUGGGGCUGGCAAGAUUGAAUUUCCCAGAAGUCCAGACCCAUGUCACCUGCUGCCACUACCCUCUGCCCUGCUGGACCCGAACCCAGGCCUGUUUGUGAGUGCGGAGGUGCUCAGAGCCCAAGAAGAAUGGGAAGCUGUGGACAACAUCCGGACAGAGACAGGGAGCCAGGCCAGCGCAGACCAGCCUGGGCAGCUGAUCUCCUUCAGUGAGGCUCUGCAGCAUUUCCAGACCGUGGACCUCUCUUCCUUCAAGAAAAGAAUCCAGCCAACUAUUCGAAGGACGGGGCUCGCCGCCCUCCGGCACUGCCUCUUCGGGCCUCCGAAGCUCCACCAGGGUCUCCGAGAAGAAAGGGACUUGGUCCUGACCAUUGCUCAGUGUGGCCUGGAUAGCCAAGACCCAGUGCAUGGCCAAGUCCUCCAGACUAUCUACAAGAAACUGACUGGCUCCAAGUUUGACUGUGCCCUCCACGGAGACCACUGGGAAGAUCUGGGCUUUCAGGGUUCUAGGGAUUCGGACAAGGACGUCUUUGGAGGGGCCAUUAUUCUGCCUAUAACUGCUGCUUUAAAAUCCUUGUCAGGAGCGAAUCCAGCCACAGACCUGAGAGGAGCAGGCUUCCUUGCCCUCCUGCACCUGCUGUACCUGGUGAUGGACUCAAAGACCUUGCUGAUGGCCCAGGAGAUUUUCCGCCUGUCUCGUCACCAUAUCCAGCAAUUCCCCUUCUGUUUGAUGUCCGUGAAUAUCACCCGCAUCACAAUCCAGGCAUUAAGGGAGGAGUGCCUCUCCAGGGAGUGUAACCGGCAGCGAAAGGUGAUCCCAGUGGUGAACAGUUUCUAUGCUGCCACCUUCCUCCGUCUUGCACAUGUCUGGAGGACGCAGGAGAAGACCAUUGCUGACUCUGGCUUUGUCCUCAAAGACUUGGAGGUGUUGGCCAAGAAGAGCCCCAAGCGGCUGCUCAAGACCCUGGAAAUCUACCUGGCUGGAGUGUCAAAGGGACAGGCCUCGUUGUUGGGAGCACAGAAGUGCUUUGGGCCACAAGCCCCUCACUCCAAGGAUCUCACCUUCACAGGCGUGUGUGACCUGCCGCCACAUUCAUCCGAAGGCAUGUGGCUGAUCUGACCAGCCCAAGGCUGACAGAGACUUAAAAGAUGGGCCACAGGGGCAUUGGGAGGGUGCACGGCGCAUUAUGCCAGGCGUACCCGGGCUGGGCCUGGUCAGGGAAGCCAAGGACCCUCACCCAUGUGAGACAUUAGGGAUAGUUAGACCCACCCUGCUCCCCACAGACCCGCCUCCAGGGCAAGGAUUUGCCAGAAUUGGAGUUGAGCUAGUUGAGAGUUGGUUUCCAGGUAAUCUCGACGAGUGGAUGGAUCAUGAGGUGGGAAGGCCCUGCCUGGAUGUUCCCCGUAUGCCCACGCUGAGAGAUAUUCCCACGCCGAGGUGCCAGAUUCUGGCUCGCUGGGCAGCUGGGCUCUCAGGCCGUGGGUGUCCACAGGACCGGGACCCUGGAGCUAGAAUUUGAAGGGAGAAGGUAGCCGUGGCAGCAGCCAGCAGGGGGCAGCAUGAACCAGGGCAAGAGGCCUUCUCUCCAUCCUCUCCCCAUCCCUCAGCCCCGCUGUUGAUGACACAGAACCGGCUGUCCGGUAGGUGUCUCCAUUGCUGCCCAUCCCAACUGCCCACCAGCUGGGCACCCCCUUGCUCACACUCCCCACCCCGUGGAGGUGUGUAGUUCCCAUCAGGGAUGGCUUUCUGGCCUGCUCGAAGGAAGGAGGAAAUUCACACACCAGCAGUUUUUGAAUAAAAGAAUUGUUCCAGGUCAA